CGUCGCGACGCGAAGCUCCGUUUUGCGAUUUCGUUGCGGCGGGACUGCAGGUGAUAACGCGCUAGUUUCCAUUAUCGAGCAGUCCGCUCGAGCGUUCGGUGAUAGUGAGUGAUCCAUUCGAAACGACGCAAAGUUAGCUCGCUCUUCAAGAAGUUAUCUACCAUUUGCACAACUCCGGGGGAAUAAAAACCACAAAAUGAACAUACAAAUCAUUUUCGUGCUUUUAUUUUUCAAAUAUCGCGUUCUCUGAUUAUUAAAUAUGUAAAUACUUUCAGGAGAAUAAUUUUUCGAUGAGGGAGAACGUUGUUCACAUUGAAUCGACACUUCUUACUUCUAGAAAUAGAGGGAUAACCUCGCGCCAUUACAGCGUACGCGACGAAAACUAGUUCCUGAUGCGAGGACUAGCGUUUCAGAAGCAAAUGAAAACGGUUUGUUAAUAGCCUGAGAAUUCACGUAAUGCUUCGCCGAAAAGAGACAUUUGCGCAAACGGCCGUUUGUCCCUCGCUCUUGUAGUUGUUCGCUCGGCGUUGUUCCUCCCUGCUCGCUGCAUCAUGUGGAAUCGCAAAGUGUUCAUCCGAAUAAUUGAAGUGCUCUUAUGCGUCGCUUGCGUCGUGGCGCUCAGAGUGACGGACGAUGAGAGUCGAAGGGUGUUUCAUUACCUGAGGAAUCGUAGCAGGGAGUGGUCGUUGUUAAACAACGUCACAUGGGGCAGCAUAGGCGCUGCUCUUGCAACGGUGACCUGCGGCGGAUACAUCAUAAUAACGACGGGACUGUUGAUCGCCGCGGCCACCGGGGAACUCCGAGGCCGAAAGACGGAACUCUUUCUGCUCGGGCUGGGCGUGAUUCUCUUCGGGAUAGUCGGCGCCUUGUCGCUGGCGUCCAUCGACAGCGUUCCCGACGACUUGGUCGACAAUGCCGCGGUUUUGGGAGCGCUGUGCCUGAUCACGGCAUUGGUCUUCAUCGGAGAUUUGCUGAUGGCACCCCCUCGCAAGAAGGAUAAGGCGGACGAGACGAGAAUCAUCGAGAAGGAUUUAGGAAAACGAGCAGUGCCGGUAGUGGCUGUUGAGAAAGAGACGAAGCCGAAGUCGAAGCUGGUCGUGAAAAUUCCAGAGGACGAAGAGGGUCAGCAGAACGACGCGUUCGAGAAAGCGGACGAUCGUCGCUUCGAUCCUGCGAAAUCGUCCGGAAGGCGUUCCCCGGACUUCCGGGGUGAUCGGGAGAGUCGAGGAUCGCGUGACGAUCAGGAUCCGAGGGAACACAUACAGAAUUUCGAAAACGGCCGAGCCCUGCGUGACCCGCAGAGAUACCGCGAGCCUGAAGCGCUACGAUCGAGCGCGUACGAUCCUGGCCGCAAGUUCGAGGAGCCCAGGAUCACGUACAAGACUCAGGACAUCUAUCAGCGGCCGAUCGACGAAAUCGAUACGCCGCGGUUCCCGACGGAAUUUGAGAAAAGAGAGUCGUCCUUCGCGAGGAUAGUCAAUCCGAGCGUGAAGAUAAUGAGAGUUGAGCGAGAUGUCGAGGAGGACAAUUACAGAUAUUCGGACAACAGCCAGUACGACAACAUACCCGUCAGGAUACGCGGCUCGCCGUCUGGGAUCCUGAAGGGCUACCGCGACGUAUCCUUCACUAUGCCCGACCCGCCUAAAAAUUACGGGCCCAGAGGACGGGAGAGAUCCAAGGAGGAGAUUGAGAUGCUGGAGGAGUGUUUCGGCGCGUUGAAAACCACCGGGACGCAAACCGCUAGGAUACCGUCUUCGCCGAACGAUCCGGGAUAUGUGCGACAUACCGCGAAUAAUUGGCCGCAGGAUGCCAAAUCGCGAGCGAGUCCUGACCACAGCGGCAGAAUUUGACUCUCCACGACCAACGAGAGCUCUUGGUUGCAUUUAUUAUCCAUAAGCUUGCUGGAAAUCGCAGCUGCCAGUUGAGCGGAAGUAUGUCAAUUUUCACGUAAGAUAAUCAAGCGAAACCCUUCGAAGUCCCGCUAGUCUUGUAAGCAGCACUUAUUUCAUCAUUUAUAUCCGAAUGUAAAGUUCAUCGAACGUUUCUUUUUUUUUACAAGUAACUUAACCAUAAAGUGAUUAAGAUCGCAUGAGAAGUGUCUGAUAUUUUAUGAGGCUAUUCCAUAUGACGGAAAUUUGACAAUUUGGUUAACGUUCAGAAACGUAGAUCUCACGAAGGGGAAGCGUGGGACAUUUUUAUGCCUCCGAAAUAAAAAUCAGACAUCUAUAUCGGAAAAAUAAAAUCUAAAAUCUAAAAUCUAAACUUAUACCGCCUAUCGAGCACACGUACAAAGUGCCACGAAUAACAUUUAUGUUUAGACACGGUAGUUGUAACAGUAAAAUAUAUUAGAAGGAUUACUAUCACAGGGCUGCAACUAACUUCGACAUUUUUUAGUCGCAUUUGCACAU